UGUUUCGCUCGUGUGGAGUGGGUGGCGCCGGUGCCGGUGAAACCGGUAGUCUUCCGCAUACAGAUAGGUCAGCGUCAUGCACUAUGGGCAAAAUGCUGGCUGUGCUGUGCAUUCUUGUGUUAUUGGCGUAUUGUCCAGUUCUUUGCGUUUUUCAGAAGCUUUAUUGCAGCAUUUCAGACAGCUGUGACUGCGACUUCCGGCCGAACAUCAGAGACUUGGAAUGGGACAUCUACAAAAAUGUCUUUGGUCAGCACCUGGUUCAGGACAUUGUGUCGGAGGAAGUGGUAAAGUUUCUUCAAAACAAAAACCCUGAAAGGCCCCUGGUUCUCUCCUUCCAUGGCUCCUCGGGGACAGGAAAGACAUUGGUUAGCAGCAUGCUGGGAACUCACCUCUUUGGUUCAGCGAUGAGCAGCCCAUAUGUGCACCAGUUUGUUGCUACACUUCAUUUCCCCGUGCCCCAUCAGGUCCAACAGUACAGGAGGGAGCUGAAGAGCUGGGUACAAGGGAACCUUACAGAAUGUGCUCACUCCAUCUUCAUUUUUGAUGAGAUGGAGAAGAUGCCUCCUGGACUGGUGGACGUCCUGGAGCCUUUCCUGGGUCCUUCCCACAUUGUGUUUUGCACAAACUACCGCAAAGCUGUCUAUGUGUUCAUCAGCACCACUGGGGAAGAGGUGAUCAACACAGUAGCUGUGGAGAAUCGGCAGUCUGGACGGGAACGGGAAGCAAUCACGUUGGGUGACCUGGAAGACGCUAUCGCUCUGGCUGUUUACAACAACAACACCAGUGGCUUCUUCCAGUCUAGCAUCAUCCAGCAGAAGCUCAUCACACAUUUUGUCCCAUUCCUGCCACUGAGCCGAGGCCACGUGGAGCGUUGCGUGCGCUCGCAGCUCUGCCAGCGCGGCCACUGUCAACGGAGCGAUGUAGUGGAAGCUGUUGGGCGAGAUGUGAUCUUCCAUCCUGUUCAGGGACAGUACUUCUCCACAACAGGUUGCAAAGCUGUCUCUGCCAAGAUAGACCUCUUUCUGUGAACGAAGGAACAGCCCCAAACCAGGAGUGGAGAGAAGCUCCUUCACAUUUACUUAACCUACACAAAGAAAUCAACUGUUUGGAAAAUCUAUAUGUGGGGAGACGGAGCCAUCGAGAAUCCUCCUGGUCAGAGAACCGUUCUUCCUGAGUUAAAUGCUUGAGAGGGGUCGAAACAUCUGAGUCUGGAUUUCUGAUUAGUCCACUGCAGGUUUCUGUGCAGAUUCCUCAGGUGCCUGUGCUUGCAGUCGCAGCAAGCUGCAUUUUGAGCUCCAAUUGUUUGUGAGCAGUUAACAGGAUUUGAGUCUGGUCAAGAAACAAAGACAGAUGCUGGGUUUAUCUUCAUUUUAGUUUUGAACAAAAGAACACUUAAGAUCUGAUGCUCAAAUUCACAGUUUCUAAACAAAAUACUGGGAAAUGUUUGUAUGAUUGUUGCAGUUCUUAGGAUGUUAAUGUGCUGGACAGAAAAAGCCAUUUUCCAUGUUCUAUAAAGGUUAAUUUAAUUUCUACAAUGUGUUAUUGAAAAAAGACUGAAGAAGCUCAGACCUGAAAGCAUUG